AUGGCUGCCGCCAAGCUUCCCGAGGUCGAUCUUGCAACCCGCAUGCAAGUCGAUGAAUCCGUUGUUGGAACUACAGAAAUCGAUGAGUCUCUAUACAGCCGACAGCUCUAUGUCUUAGGACACGAGGCCAUGCGCCGCAUGGGCGCCUCCAACGUCCUCGUCGUUGGUCUCAAGGGUCUCGGUGUCGAGAUUGCCAAGAAUAUUGCCUUGGCCGGUGUCAAGAGUUUGACUGUCUACGACCCUGCUCCGGUCCAGAUUGCCGAUCUCUCAGCCCAGUUCUUCUUGACUCCCAAGGAUGUCGGCAAGCCCAGAGAUGAAGUCACGGCACCGCGUGUCGCAGAGCUCAACGCUUAUACCCCCGUCAAGGUUCACCAAUCUCCCAGCAUCGAGGAUAACUUCGCUCAAUUCGACAAGUAUCAGGUUGUGGUGCUGACCAAUGCGCCCAUCUCGACACAAAAGGCUGUAGGCGACUACUGCCACUCCAAGGGCAUCUACGUUGUCAUCGCCGAUACCUUCGGCCUAUUUGGCUCCAUCUUCUGUGACUUUGGUGAUAAGUUUACCAUUAUCGAUCAGAACGGCGAGGCCGCCUUGAGCGGUAUCGUUGCUGGCAUCGACGAAGAGGGUCUGGUGUCGGCACUCGAUGAGACUCGCCACGGUUUAGAAGAUGGCGACUACGUCACAUUUUCCGAAGUUGAGGGCAUGGAGGCGUUGAAUGGAUGCGAGCCGCGUAAGAUUACGGUUAAGGGUCCGUACACCUUCUCCAUUGGCGAUGUGUCAGGCCUCGGACAGUACCAGCGUGGAGGAACUUAUCAGCAGGUCAAGAUGCCCAAGGUCGUCGAUUUCAAGAGCUUUACAGCCGCGCUGAAGGAGCCAGAGUUCCUUAUUUCCGACUACGCCAAGUUCGAUCGACCCCAGCAGCUUCAUCUUGGAUUCCAGGCCCUCCAUGCGUUCCAAGUCGCCAAUGGACGACUUCCCAACCCCAUGGACGAGAAAGAUGCCAUUGUCGUUCUCGAGGCCGCCAAGACGUUUGCCGCCGAUGAGAAACUCGAAAUCGAUAUUGACGAGAAGCUGCUGAAAGAGCUGAGUUUCCAGGCCCUUGGUGACCUUAGCCCCAUGGCAGCACUCUUUGGCGGUAUCGCUGCUCAGGAGGUUCUCAAAGCUGUGUCUGGCAAGUUCAAUCCCAUCCAGCAAUGGAUGUACUUUGAUUCGCUCGAGUCCCUCCCUACUUCUACCAAGCGAAGCCCUGAGCUGUGCAAGCCCAUCGGUAGCCGUUACGAUGGCCAGAUUGCUGUCUUUGGAACCGAGUACCAGGAGAAGAUUGCCAAUCUCAAGCAAUUUCUCGUUGGUGCCGGUGCCAUUGGUUGUGAGAUGCUAAAGAACUGGGCCAUGAUUGGCUUGGGCACAGGACCCAAGGGCAAGAUUUAUGUCACCGACAUGGACUCCAUCGAGAAGAGCAACCUCAACCGACAGUUCCUUUUCCGAGCCGCUGAUGUCGGCAGCAUGAAGAGCGACUGCGCUGCCAGGGCUGUGCAGCGAAUGAACCCAGAGCUGGAAGGCCACAUUGAGACUUUGCGAGAGCGCGUUAGUCCCGAGACUGAGCAUGUCUUCAAUGAGGAAUUUUGGCGUAGCCUGGAUGGAGUCACCAACGCUCUGGACAAUGUCGAAGCGAGAACUUACGUUGACCGAAGAUGCGUCUUCUUCCGAAAGCCGCUGCUGGAGAGCGGAACUCUGGGCACCAAGGGCAACACGCAAGUUGUCCUGCCCCAUUUGACAGAGUCUUACUCUUCUUCCCAAGACCCCCCGGAGAAGGAGUUCCCCAUGUGCACAAUCCGAAGCUUCCCGAACAAGAUUGACCAUACCAUUGCCUGGGCCAAGGAGUACAUGUUUGAGAAGUGUUUUGUCAAAGCUCCCCAGACUGUGAACCUCUAUCUGACUCAGCCCAACUUCAUCGAGGCCACUCUGAAGCAAGGCGGCAACCAGAAGGAAACCCUGGAGACGAUCCGCAACUACCUUACCACCGAGCGGCCCCGGACCUUUGAGGACUGCAUUGCCUGGGCUCGUCUCCUCUUUGAGACGGAGUUUGCGAACAAGGUCCAGCAGCUGUUGUACAACUUCCCCAAGGACUCGGUGACUUCGGGCGGCACUCCCUUCUGGUCUGGUCCGAAGAGGGCUCCAGAUGCCCUCAAGUUCGACCCCAAUAACCCGACUCACUUUGGAUUUAUCGUGGCUGCCGCGAACCUUCAUGCGUUCAACUUUAACAUUAAGUCGCCCGGCACCGACAAGUCCAUUUAUUUGAAGGAACUGGAGAAUGUCAUUGUGCCUGAUUUCACCCCCGACUCAAACGUCAAGAUCCAGGCAGAUGACAAGGAACCCGAUCCCAACGCCAGCAGCUUUGAUGACACGGAUGAGCUCACAACCCUCUCUGCCAGCCUCCCGUCGGCAAGCACUCUUGCGGGCUUCCAGCUGCAGCCUGUCGAGUUCGAAAAGGACGACGACACCAACCACCACAUUGACUUCAUCACUGCCUGCAGCAACCUGAGGGCCGAGAACUACAAGAUUGAGCCUGCUGACAGACACAAGACCAAGUUUAUUGCGGGCAAGAUCAUCCCCGCCAUCGCCACGACAACGGCCCUCGUUACUGGCUUGGUUGUCCUGGAACUCUACAAGAUCAUUGACGGCAAGGAUGAUAUUGAGCAGUACAAGAACGGCUUCAUCAACCUGGCUCUGCCAUUCUUUGGAUUCGGCGAGCCCAUUGCUAGUCCCAAGGUUGAAUACAAGGGCCCUGAUGGCAAGGUCAAGCUAGACAAGAUUUGGGACCGAUUCGAGGUCGAAAACAUCACGCUCAAGGAGCUUCUCGACUACUUUGAGAAGAAGGGCCUUAGCAUCAGCAUGCUCAGCUCUGGCGUCAGCCUGCUGUAUGCAAGCUUCUUCCCUCCGUCCAAGCUCAAGGACCGCUACGCACUCAAGCUCAGCGAGCUGGUAGAGACCAUUUCCAAGAAGCCCAUUCCUUCUCACCAGAAGGAGCUGAUCUUUGAGAUGGUGGCUGAGGAUUUGGACGAAGAGGACGUGGAGGUUCCGUACAUUAAGGUAAAUAUUUGA